CCACUCCUCUCCUCUCUUCUAUCUUCGGAACUGCCUCCAUCCCAACCAUCUCAUCUCAUCUGCCACUCUCUUUCUUUUUUCUUAUCUCACCCUAUGUCCAUCUUUUAAAUCUCUUAUACUCUUCUAUUCUUCUAUUUUUCUUCUUCUUCCUUUCUCCCUUGCUUCAUCUGCUUACUAUCGACCAUGUUCCUUCGUUCUUUCUUAUUAGGGGCUACCGCCCUGACUUUGCCUUCUAGCGCCGUGCUUGUUGUCCCGGAGACUCAGGGAAUCGCUUCUGACGAUGGCAUUUCGGCGCUGAGCCCUCUAGAGGCGCAAUCGACACAGCAGCAACUGAUUGAACUUUCUUGCACCGAAUGUCCGUUCCGCGAAGUCGACGAGGACGGCCAAGUAAGCUGGUCUGACGGUUUCAAGACGUCUCUCUCCUUGAAUUUCUCGGUCGAUGACGGAUUGCUCCUGGCCAACGAUCAUCAGGUCUUCCCGCCACCACCACCCGUCACUAUCAAUGCCGUUCAGCGUCGCGAAUCCGAUGGCGAAGAAUCCGACCCGAUCCCUCUGGGCUACGCCCUCGAGGUGAUGCCUUUGCCCACCCCUCCCGAGGAGGAGGUCGAACUGUUAGAGAUCCGUUUCACCGUCCUAGACCUCGACAGUCACCCCGUUCCCCUUGAUACCGUUGCGAUUUCCCUGAUCCACGACCGUGAGGGCAGCAUCUACAUGGCCAAGACCGAGGUGGAGGAGACCGCUCCCAACCGCGUGUCCUGGAAGCAGUGCCGCGGUAAACCCAGCUGCUUGAGAAAGCUUCUGUUCAACCGUAUGCACGACUUGUUUGCUGCCGCCAAAACCCGUAUGCUGGGUAUGAAGUCUAGACUGGCUGGACCCAAGGGCUGCCACGGUCGUCCUCCGUUCCCUCGCCCUAUGCACCAUGGCCCUCACCACCACCACGGUGAUGGUGCCUGGGCUGAAGGUGGCCCCUCGCACGCCGGUGACCACUUCCCUCCGCCGCCCCCGCCGCACAUGCACCACUUCCACCACGGUGGCUUGCACCACACUAUGUCUCGUAUCUUCCGUUUCAUUGUUGUUCCCGCCGUCCUCGGUGUUCUGGCUGGUCUUCUCGCGAGUGCUCUUGGUAUGCUGUUUGGCCAGGUCGUUAUCUUCUUCUGGCUGCGUUACCGUCGCUCGGGCGACAAGCAAACCACUGCCAACCUGGAGCGAGGAACCGCGUCUGAGAAGCAGGGCUUGAUGGAGGAGUCUGACGAGAUUCCCCCUCCUUACGUUGACGAAGGAGUGAUCGUUUCGGAUGAAAAGCAAUGAAUGACAAUCGCUAAGGCGGAUUAACAUUAUGUUUAUAUGUACAAACACGGACUGUGCUGUGCGAUAGUCCUUGAACAUCACUUUAUGACCUUUUUUUUUUUCUUUCUCGGUGCUUUUGGUAUUGAAAUUUGGGCUUUCU